UGCGAGUGUUUGGGAUAAACACGUGGCUUAAAUGGCUUAAAGUAAUAUAAAGUGAUCCUUGAUUAAGGAAGUGAGUGUGUGUUUGUGUUCAUCAUCAUCUUUAUCAAAAUCCACAAAAACGAAAAUCAGUAAAUAUGCAUGGAUAUCCAGUGAUGCAAUUUGUACAGUACAGUGUACCACCACCAUGUACUUGGGUACCACCAUCGGAUCCACAUCGUCCACCAUCAGCAGUACCACAUUCGACUGGCAUUAAAAAGUAUGUAGUAUGGUGUUUAAUUUGCGGAGGAUUCUCAUGCCUGUUGGGGGUGUUAUUCUUGGGAGUCUAUUUCCUGCUGCACUCGUACACCAUUACGGUGGGGAAUUUCGAGACUGUGCCCACAUUUGUACCUGCAACCCUGUUAAUAUUAACAGGAUUGUGUAUCAUGAGUUUGGCUAGAAGGCGUAAUCGAUACAGCUACUUGAUAAAACUGUCAGGAGCGUGUGGUUUGGUAUCGGCCCUGACAUGUGCCUUGGUUACUGUUACAACGACAGUCCUCCAUAUGAGCCGCCUGCAAGCUCUACGAGAAUGUGAAUACGCACAAAAAACACGGACUUGUACAUGCUAUUCCGACAUGAUUGAGUCACAAGUCGAACGAGUGGAUAAAGAGGGAGUAAGGCUGGUUUUCGAUUCACUAUCCGACUGUGGGGUGGUCCAUGGAUCCUUGUAUUCAUGCCUGCGAGCCAUAUUCGGACUAUCAGUGGCUGGUGUCCUGGUAGCCGUAUUCAGCUGUAUGCUCGUCUAUCAACUUUUAAGCCACGAACGUAAAAAGAUGUACUGGGAACAAUUGGAAUUACGAUGUCGGUCAUUGUAUACCACAAGCCAGCAGGGACCGCCGCCAAAUGGACCGAUGCCACCGAAUGGACCGGCAGGAGUAAUUAGUGGACCGCGAGCGAACAUGUGUCGUUGCUGUGAACAAUGCCAUGCUCAUCGACAGGCUUUAGCUCCCACCGGCUAUCCUUGGGAUGCUGGGGCCGAUGGGCGGUUCUGGACUGGACAACCGCCGGGAAAUUUCUAUUCACCCAAUCCAGGUGGAGAUGAUUUAAACACCGGUGGAGGGCAAAAUCGUGGACUAAAUCAAAGUAGCCAGAGGGCUCGUGUCGCUGGAUGGAGUUGGCCUCGAAUGCCUUGGCAGCGAAGUUCUCCCGAUCCGAAUGCAAGGUAUCGGCAGACCCCAUCCAGUCCAGAUUCGCAGUAUGGCUUUUCGAAUAAUGCUCAAGCUGGAGGUGAUGCAGCUGGAGUGAUGACCGAUGAACGGGUCAGUUGUAGCAUGGCCCAUCAGAAUCAGCAGGCCGCCUUUAAUGUUAUGGCCAAUGGACUGCCGUAUGGAGUGUGGGGUCCCCCACCACCGUACAGUGAUCCAAAUAGUCCAGCGCGAAGAGGUCGCUAUCAGUAUAUGCAUUCGCAUUCAAAUCAGUGCCAGAAUAUGAUGAUGGAACGACAAAUGGCAGGAGCACCGCAAUCAUCGCACUCUCAAAUACCGAACAUAGAGUGCCACCAGCACAGUUCAUCCACAGAUAGCCACUCAAUGGAGCCAUUUUGUUCGCAGCAAGCUACUCGGAACAUGAUUAAGCGGCAGAGUGGUGCCGGUGGCAAUGGUGUGUUUAAAACGCCAAAGGACACCUAUGAGAAUACUCCCUCUGAUAGUGAUGGGCCAAGGGAUCGCUUCUCGAAUACCCUGCCGGUGAGGAAGACAAAAAAACGUGUCGUUGAAGUUGGCGCCAAGAGUAUUGGUCCGAAUUCACACUCUACCCAGAGGGUGAAUGUGCAGAAUGUUUUCAUGGAGCACGAGUAUCAUGAACCGAAUCCGGUGGGUGGACAUCAUGAGGCGAUGAAUUCGACCUCGAGCGGACAAUCAUCAACGUGUCAGCAGCCAAAGAUUAAGAGACUGAAAACGGGUGGAGUUGAAAACUCCGGAUUCCAGAAUAAUGGAGAGAAUUUGCCCGAUUCCACGGAGGAGGGUGGUAAUGUUGGUGUUGUUCGGAAUGGUGAUCCAACCGAAUCGGAAGUCUACUUUGCCGACGUUAGUAGUUGUUGUAAUGUUUCGGUGAAAAAUGAUAAUUAUUACGAUGAUGCAAAUCAGCACCAUCCGUCCUCGAAUAAAGAUAAGCCGGCAAAUCAAGUGAAAGACCAACCGGAGAGCAAUGAAAAUGAAGACUACUUGGCUCAGCGGUUUGGACAGCGAGAGAACUCGGUUCGGUGUAGGCUUCCCUUUCCCCAGCAGUCACGAGUCGAGCUGGAUCAACUCAAUCUGCCGGUGCAAUCUAGACAGGGACUCAUUCCGAAAGAUAUCUCCCGGCAAAGUAUGUGUUCGGUAGAUUCGGGUGAAAAGACUGAUUUCACUGAUUUGUCACCGGCAACUCCAUGCAAUAAUUUUGCCGCACAUCCAUCCUCGCAUUUUCCCAGUAGUGCCAAUAGCAAUGUCCCAAGCAGUUAUGCCAAUCAGACAAAUGAACUGAACGAAACAGCAGCAAGGUCUAAUUUUGUUGCUUCAUUUCCGUUUUCUUCGGAACAAAGCCAAGAGGCACAUCGAAGAUCGACAAAGAAUAUUCAAGAUGUUGUGUUCCUAGCUCCAGAUGCUCAGUACGAGGUGAUUAAAGAACCAAAUCAAUUCGAGAAUACACCACUGACAAUGGCCACUUAUGACAAUGAGGUUAGUUUUAAGAGUGCAGCACCGCAAAGUCAUUUUCAAAAGUCCCAACAUACACCGAUUAAGAGGCCAAAUAUAAGCAGUAUUAUACAGAAUUUGGGCAAUAGCGAUAUUGGAUUACUUUAUCCGGAUAAUAGGAGAGAUGCUCCAUCCGAUGCGGGACAUCAGAUUUUGUCAAAAGUUGAGCGGCCCGGCCAUUUGACAGCAUCGGAUAAUGAAUGGUCGGAUAGUAGUGAUAGGCGAUUGUGAAAGGAAGUUUUUGUUUAGAAGUUAUAGGAGUGUAGGAAAGUAUAAAUGAAAAGUAAGAAUUAGAGAUUGUGAACAGAGUUAUUGUAGUAUUUCAUACCGUUAACUAUUUUAGUAAGAGUUUUAAGAUAUUAUUUUUUUGUACUUUAUAUGUGUAUACUUGUGAAGUAUUCGCUAUGACUAUUAUUUGUUUAUGUUUUUAGUACUUAUAUAGAUGAAUUACUAGUUUUGGGGUUACAUACAGUUAUGUCUUCAGUUUCUACUUGUCAAAUUGUACUUUCUCAAUCAGCGCAGUAGUUCUUAGUUAACGAAAGUGAAUAGAAACUCAACGAAACGCAACCUUAGCCCAGUUCCUUUUUGAGGUGGUAAACUACUCAUGAGUACUUUAAAAGUGAUUUUUAAUUGAAGACACUUUCAAGAAGAGCGUGAGUAGUUCUUCUAGUAAAUGUACUACAUCAUUUUUAUUCAUUAAUAGUUUACUAACUCCAAUGGAACGCGACUAAUCUAUUAGUAUACUCGCAUUCCUUGUUUUAUUUAAGUUUUGUCAAAACUUAAAACUUUGUUAGUUUAAUUCUCUACUAAUUAAUCGUAAUCGGUUUGGAGUAUUGUAAGCUGACCCUUAAAAUAGAACAAUAGGGAUGUAAGCGAAGCUGUCGAAUCCAAAUCUGACAGCUCCCACUUUGAUGAACAUGACAAAUACAAAUUUUAAAUUUAAUAAAACACGGGUUUUAAAUUAAUUUUCGUAUGAAUUUAUUAGCUAAGUGGUUGCUGACUGUUUAAAGACUCUUGUUAAAUUGAUUUUUUUUGUUAAAAAAAUUGAUUUUUUUGUUCAGCAAAGUGGACCGUUUGACGUUUGAACACUUCUUCCUUAAAAGCCCUAUAGUUAUCGGAAUCUUAGAUAACCUAUAUUUUACUUGUUGCAAAUUUUUGCUAACUAAGGCUGUGUGCGAAUUGCGUUAAAAUGUUGGUUAAAAUUUCUACCACGAUUAAAAUUUGACGUUUGGUUAAAAAAGGGAUCAAAUUUAUUUUUUUGCUGUGCGAAUUGGGUUAAAAUGUAUUAAAUGGGACUUUUUUCUUGGUACUACUUUGAAUAAAAUUCCCUCAAGAUAAAACAAAAUUACCCUCGAAAAUGUUUUUUCUUAUAUUCAAUUAACCAUUUUUUUUAACAAAACCCAGUUGAAAAUAUAUCAAGUUAAAUAUUCUAGUAUGAAAAUGUAAGAAAUUCUCAAUUUCACAUACUUUUUUUUUAUUUUAUCGAUAAAUUCCCAUUUCAUUAUGAUCAAAAAGAAAUUUAUUAAUUCAGUCUUCUAACACUAAUUCGUAGUUCACCAGCUGCCAACAAAAUAGAAAUAUAAAAAAUAAAAAACAAACAAACAAUUAGUAGAUUUUCAAUUUUUCAAGAUGAAUAUUAAUUUGAGGAAGUACUUUGUAUUAAUACUUUUAACAUUUCUUAAAAUAUCAACGCAUUAUAACAAAAAUAAUUUCAAAUCUAUCUUGAUCUUUCUAUCUUGAGAAACGUCAAAUUUUAACCACUAGUGUCAAAUUUUACCCUGCUCCGCAGCUGGGUAAAUUUUAACCCAUUUUAUUCACCAUGCUAGUGUCAAAUUUUAACCAAACG